CAAUGAUACAUUCAGAUGAAGAAAGUUUGAACAGUUUCACACCUGAAUCAGAGUAUUUUAUUUAUUUAUAAAUCAGACAUCAAGAGAACAAUGAUGAAUUAAAGAAUAGAGACAAUAAAAAAUAUGCUAUUAUUGAUUAAUCUGUUCGUAUUUAACUAUUACGUCGUAUACUCUCUAAAUAAUCAACAAUAAAAGAGGCAGCUAAAGAGUUUGGAAUUAAUUUCUCUACAGCCAAAGCCAUAUUAUAAACUUAUCGUAAAGAAGGUCGAAUAGGAAAGAAAAAAACAAGAGAUAGAAAUAAAAGUAAAUAGGAUUUAGGAGAUUAUAAUCAAACAAGAAAAAUAUAAUCAAUGUACAAUCUUGAACAACCUUUAUAAAUGAAAUCAAAUUCACCUGAAAAGAGACCUUCACCACCAUCUUUUUAAUAAAAUAUGAUUCCAGUAAUGAGUACUCCAAACCUUGAUAAUACAUAAAUUGCUUUAGCUCUUUGUUAAAGAGAGUUAGCUUAAUAAAAACUGCUAAAUUUUUAAUUAUUGAUGAUGAUCUAAGUAAAAUAGAAUCUAAUUUAUUUUAGAACUUUAAAAAUAUUACACAAUUAUAAGUCAAAGAAGAAUCUAGUAUAAUUAAUUGACUUAUAUUAAAUAAAUAUAAAUUAUUAUGAACAUAGAAAUAUCAAAUUCUGAUAAAGUGUAAUAAGUAAAUUCUCAAUAGUAAUAUAGAUCUUAAUCAAAUAAGAGUAAUUGUUAAAAGAAUAAAAAUAUUAUGAAUAUGAAUAAAAAAUAUUAACAUUUGGAUCUAGAUUCAUUAAUUAAUAAAAUAAAGAUGGAGCUAUCAUUCUUUAUUUAUAAGCUAGCAAAGUUUUAGUUAAAAACAAUUAAGACAAUUCAGGAUUUAAUUUAGCAACAGAAGUAAUCAAAAUAUCAGAUGAUUUAGAUUCUCAAAAUAUAGGUAAGAAUGAUCUAUUAAUUUUUAAGCUGAAAUAAUGUCAAUUUAUUCUAUAGCAUAAUUUAGUAAAUUGAAAGUACAAUUCAUAAAUAAAGUACUCAAGAAAUAUCCAAAUUAUAAAGAUUAAAUUUGUUAAUAAGUAGGUGUAGAUUUAAUUAACCAUAAUAAAUUUCAUUUGGCAUGGAGAUAUCUUAUUUAAUUAUCUGAUGUAAAUACAGAGAUUUAAAUGUUAAUAAAAUGGAAUUAGUAAUUAUCUGAAUAAGAAAGAUAAUAUAAUUUAAUUAGAUAUUUAUUAAUGUAAAAUUGUAAAGCAAAUGAAUUAGUAAACUUGGUUAAGGAUUAUACAAUGAGAGUGUUAAAAUAUUGAAUGAAUUAAUUCCUACAACAGUCACUUAAGAAGCUCUAUUUAUUCAUCUUUUAGUGAAAUCAAUAAGAAUUUAAAGUAGAGAAGCAUAUGAUUUAGUAUUUAAUAAAUUUAAGGUUGUUAUUGAUGCAGAUCCAAUAUUCUAAGAUGUAUUAUAAUUAUUAUAAUUAGUUAUAUUAUAAAGUAGGAGUGAAAUACUUUGGAUUAAAAGAAAAGGAAUAAUAAUCAUAAGGUAUUGGUGGAUUAUUGAGUUAGUUCUUUUAAUGA